CCCAUGGAGAACUGAAUAAAAGCAGCUGGAUUUCCCUUCCCAAGCGCAGUCGCCCACAGACCGUGGCAAUAGCGGAGAACAAGGCUGUAGCUGUUGAACCACCUGGAAGCGAACUGAAGUUUCUGCCUAUCUCACAAAAUCGUGCAAGGAUGGAGUUUCUCUGGCGUCUGUUGAUGAUGAUCGGGAUCCUUGCAGGGACUGGGGUGUCUCAGGGCUGCACCCCACCACCAGGGGCUCAGAACUUGGCGCUGGGGCGCCCGGCCACUCAGUCCUCCACGUACGUCGAUAACGACGGGACUGCAAAAGCCGUGGCUGGAAAGGCCGUGGAUGGAAAACGCGAUGGGAAGUGGGUACAAGACUCCUGCAGCCACACCCAGUUCGACACAGAGUCGUGGUGGACCGUGGACUUGGGCAGUCGUCAGUCUGUCUCCGCGGUGAUCGUGAAGAACAGGGAGGACUGCUGUGGGGAGAGAAUCAGGGGGGCCCAGAUCCGCGUGGGAGACUCCCUGGCCGACCAUGGCAAGCACAACCCCAUCUGCGGGACCAUCACCGACACCGCACCAGGAUCCCUCAGCACCAUCUGCUGCAACGGGCUGGAGGGUCGCUACGUCACUGUCACCAUCCCAGGCAGGGCGGAGUAUCUCACCCUGUGUGAGGUCGAGGUCUACGGCACCCAGCCGGGGGAUGAGUGCUAGGAAGCGGGAGUGACACAGUCCCUGGUGUGGGGAAGCACCUCGCCCUGCACUGAGGGCGGGAGGGGGGAGGUUGGUGCAGGAAUGAGCCACUGUCCCCUAAUAAACUCCACUGGUCUCUU